CUCUCUCUCUCUGUCUCUCUCUCUAAAACAACAAUGGCGACCGCUUCCUUGGACGGAGAAACAUCAAAGAAAGUCAUUCGUCAGGUUGAGUUCUACUUCAGUGAUAGCAAUCUUCCUAGAGAUAAGUUUCUCUCGAAAACUGUCAGUGACAGUGAUGAUGGCAUGGUCAGUUUGGCCCUUAUAUGUUCGUUCUCUCGUAUGAGGAGUCAUCUCAAUUUAGGAAUCUCCAAACCAGAAGAGGUUUCAGAUGAUACAGUGAAAGCUGUGGCUGAUACUUUAAAGAAUUCUACUUUUCUUAAGGUUUCUGAAGAUGGUAAGAAGAUUGGUAGGGCUACUGAGCUUUUACCGCCAGAUGAGGUCAUAGAACAAUCAGACAGUAGGACAAUUGCUGCAUCACCCCUAGAGUAUGCUGUCAAGCUUGAAGAUGUGGAAUCCUUCUUUGGUCAGUUUGCCAAGGUUAAUAGUGUGAGGAUGCCUCGCCAUAUUGCAGACAAAAGGUUAUUUUGUGGCACUGCUUUGGUUGAGUUCUCAACUGAUGAAGAUGCUGAAAAGGUUUUGAAUCAGAGUUUGAUUUAUGCUGGUGCUGAGCUAGAGCUAAAACCAAAGAAGGAUUUUGAUUCAGAAAGAGCAAAACAAGCAGAAGAAGUUAAAAAUACUAGUUCCCAUGUGCGUGCAAAUCAUAAAAACAGCUCAAAUGAGGAAGCAGACUACCCCAAAGGCUUAAUUGUUGCGUUUACACUGAAGAGCAUGUCAGUUGGAGGUUCUGCAGUACAAAGUGAUGGUCAUGAACUAGCCAAUGAAAAUGUUGAUGUUUGCAAAACAGAUGGGGAACCAGAUUCCAUGCUGAAUGCCACUGUAGAGACUGAAGAGAAGGUGCCAGAAGAUGUUAAAGGUGAUGGAGAAAAGCCUAAGGAUGAUAUUGAGAAAGAGAGCAAACAAAAGGUUGAUGAGAAAACUAGUUUGGAGAGUGAACAAAAGGAAACUGAAGAUGAGGAGAAUCUGGAUAGUCCCAUUGAAAAGGAUGAGGAUAAAACAACAGGGGAAAGAAAUCGGGCUGCUGUAUAUAAGGACAACAAAGAUGUUGUUUUACGUGAGGAUCUGAAGGCAGUUUUCCAAAAAUAUGGCACUGUGAAGUUUGUUGAUUUUAAGAUGGGAGAAGAUUCAGGAUACAUUCGUUUUGAAGAACCAGGGGCUGCCCAGAAAGCACGUGCUGCUGCUGCACUUGCUGAGGAUGGUGGUCUGAUUGUGAAAAAUUACAUUGCUACUUUAAACCCUGUCACAGGUGAGGCUGAAAAAGAGUACUGGAAUCUAUUCCGUGGCAAUCAAGAAAGAUUCAAGAGCAACAGGAGCAGGGGUGGAAAACAUAAUAGAGGUGGGAGACACUUUCAUGGAAAGCAUUCGCGGUCGAGAGACAAUGAUUCUUCAACUCGCUCAAAUAAAACCCAGAAAGUUGGAGCAGCAUGAGUCAUUGAACAACGUCCAUGGUGAUUGAUGGUGUACGACACCCUCCACAGUUUUGUGCCGUGAACACUGUUCUUCUCCCUACAUGUGUUUUUUGUUUUGUGGUUAGAGCUAAGCUUACUUGUGCUUCACACUGGCACAGUAAUAUGAUUUCAUAAUUAUUCCCCUUUAAUAUAUAACUGGAAUUAUUCUAUUAAGUUCUGUUUCUGCUCCUAGCA